UGUUUCCCCUAAUUCCUCUAAUCUGAUCUUCCUUCUUAUUAAAAGCUAAGUUGGAUUAAGGGCUUGAUUAACCCUCUUUAAUUUCACACCAACAAAAUGGCAAUAUGAACAAUUUCAAUCUACUUUUCUCCUUUAAAUACUUUUCCAAUAAACCAAACCCUACACCUUUUUCCACCAUACCCUUCACCAAAAUCUGAUCCCCCUUUUCUGUUGGUGUUCUUCCAUCAAAGUUGAGCUCACCCAGAUUUCAGCCACGGAGUUCCCAAGCCAAGCUGGAGAAGGAUCUGCCUCUUCCCACAAAAAAAUGGGAAGAGGUAAGAUUGAAAUUAAACGAAUUGAAAAUACCACAAAUCGUCAAGUCACCUUUUGCAAGAGAAGAAAUGGUUUGCUUAAAAAAGCCUACGAGUUGUCUGUUCUUUGUGAUGCUGAAGUUGCCCUCAUCGUCUUCUCCACUCGUGGCCGUCUCUAUGAAUAUGCCAAUAACAGUGUUAGAGGAACCAUUGAAAGGUACAAGAAAGCAUUUGCUGACUCUUCCAAUUCUGGAUUAUCAGUUGCAGAAGCUAAUGUACAGUUUUACCAGCAAGAAGCAUCGAAGCUGAAGAGACAGAUCCGGGAGAUUCAAAACUCGAACAGGCAUAUUCUUGGUGAAGCACUCAGCUCAUUGUCUUUAAAGGACCUGAAAAGCUUGGAGGGCAGAUUGGAGAGAGGAAUCAGCAAAGUUAGGGCUAAAAAGAACGAAACCUUGUGUGCAGAGAUGGAAUUCAUGCAAAAAAGGGAAAUGGAGCUUCAGAAUCACAACAACUAUCUGCAAGCACAGAUUGCUGAACAUGAAAGAAUACAACAACAGCAACAAACGAACAUGAUGCAAAGGGGAACGUAUGAGACAGUGGGAGGAGGGCAGUACGAGGAGAACAGAAGCUAUGGCGGCGUGGGGCUUAUGGAUUCCGACACCCAUUACGCCCAUCAAGACCAUCUCACUUUGUUGGGAUACAUGCUCGACCCAAAUUAUAAAUUUACUGGAUGUAUUGUGAAAUAUCGUAACAACUCAUGCCCAGAAUUUAUAUUAGAAUUUGGAAUCUCGAUUCAACAUGGAUGA